AUGGUGUUCGUCUUUCCAACGCUUCUGUCCAUGAAGCUCAAACCUUUAUUGAUGCUUCUUGUAAUUUUGUUUUGUGCAUUUUCACAUUAUGAUGCUGCCAGUUCUUCUGAUUCGGAAGCAAAUGCUUUGUUGAAGUGGAAAGGCAGCCUUGACAGCCACAGUCAAUCUUCUCUCUCUUCAUGGAAUGGCACUAAUCCUUGCAUCUGGCGAGGAAUAGAAUGUGAUGAUUCCCAUUCUGUUUCUCACUUAAAUCUUACACGUGUUGGAUUGAAAGGUACACUUCAAACUUUUAACUUCUCAUUAUUUCCAAACAUUCUCGUUCUGAAUAUGAGUUUCAACUUCUUGUCUGGAAGUAUUCCUCCACUGAUUGAACAGUUGUCCAAUCUCAACACGCUUGACUUGUCUAAAAAUAAUCUCUCCGGUAGCAUUCCCAAAACCAUCUGUAAUCUUUCCAAACUAAAGUAUCUGAAUCUUGGUGUCAAUGGUCUCUCUGGUUCUAUUCCUAAUGAAGUGGGCCAUCUCCAGUCUCUUAUCACAUUCGAUAUAUAUAACAACAACCUCUCUGGGUCAAUCCCUCCUACCUUAGGAACCUUACCACUUUUAGAACUCAUUCACCUUUAUAGAAGCUUCGAAGACUCGUCAAGGGAAACAUAUCCUCCAUGUGGACAUAUGUAA